AUGAUAAAUUUAAAAGAAGAAUAACGAAUAGAAAAAAUAAAAUUGGCAAAUAUUUUCGCAUAACAUUUAAAAUAUACUCUAAUGCAAUUAAUUCUAAAUGUUUUGAUUAGAUCAUAAGGAAGUGAAUCACUUUAUAUAACAAUUACAUUAUAUCUAACAAUAAUGAUAUUUGCUUUUAAUUUUAUUGCAGCUGCUUUUUUACUUUAUUAACAAAAAGAAUUUCCUAAAUUAGAGUAUUACUUAAUAUAUUCAGUUAAUAUAUUUGUGUUUAUAAUUCUAAUGGUUUAUUCAUUGAACUAUUGUUUGAAUUUAAAAGAAGAUGACCCUGCUCUUUAUUUAUAUAUUAAAGCCUAUAUGAUAAUGCUAUUAUAAAAAGUAUAUUUACUUUCCAUAUUUAUGUAUUUAGGAAAUAGAAAUAUUGAUUAUAAAAGUUUUCCCUUUAGAGUUUAUGAAUAGAAUUGUCUAUUCUUUUACAUCAUUAAUCAUUGUAGCCUUGAUAUUAUCACAUAAAGAUAAAUUUGAGUGCCAACAUAAUUAUUCAAUCAUAUUGUUAAUGUUGCUUUUAUCAAAUUUAUUGGCAGCUAUAAUAAAUAUGAUGUUCACACUAGUUUUAUUUAAUUUAGGUAAAUAAUAAAAAGAAGUUAGAAAUUUUGCAAAGUAAUUAUGGAUAAAAAUAUAAAAUAGUAUGUUAUUAACAGUAUUAUUUUUACUUCAUAUUGCAUUAUACAUUUAUACACUGUAUAAAACUACCAAUAUGAUUGAAUAAGAAUGUUAAUGUUUGAGAUUUAUUUUUGAAAUCUAUCAUUAUAAUUCACCCAUAAAUUUGAUUUGUUUUAUUUCUGUAAUUUUUUAAGAAUUUUAUUAUUUUAAAGAAAAUUUGAAGUAUGAAUAAGAAUUAUAAGAAAAUAACUCAAAAAAAAAAAUGUGUAUUUAUUAAUAUUUUAUAUAGAUAUAGUUAGUAUAAACAUUCAAAUCUCUUAGAAAUUUAAACAACAUAAUAAAUAAUCAAUAAGAAGUUUGAGUUCUCUUGUUAAUCCAAUGGAAGCAAGUUCAAAACAUUAAUAAACACCAAAUUUUAAAAGGUAAUCAAGAAAUAAAUAUUUUAGUGAAAAAACAGAUAUUAAAUUAUAAAAAAUGGGAACAAGUUAGUUUGGAGAAUCUUAAAAUAAUUUAUAAAUGAUGAAUUCAUAGGGAAAUGCAUAAAAUAGUAAAGCCUUUGUGAUUUCACUGAAAGAAUAAAUUGAUAAUAUUCAAAUCAAAAGAAAAGGAAAUAAAUCAAUUGAGGAUAGUUUUAUAAAAUAGGAAGAAUCUUAAAUACCUGAAAUAUUCUCAUAAAUUAAUAAUCCUAUGGAGUCUGGUAGUGUAAUUACAAUUAAUUGA